UUGAUGGAGACUGCUUGUGUUUUUGUCGGUGACACAGUCAUGAAGGACGGCAUGGCAGCAGCGGGAGAACCGGAGGAGGUUUCCCGUCAGGACCUGUAUGAGGAUUAUAUCAAGUGUUAUCUCCAGAUGUGUUCAGAGGUUCGACCGUGCCGCGAUGCUCAGCUGUUGAAGAAGGCGGCUCAGUAUGUGCUCCAGGAAGCAGAGCCCACUCACACUUUCACCGUGUUUCCAUUCUACCAGAGUGUUCUGAAGGGCGCUGCUGCCCUGAGCUCUGACAACAGGAAACACCUGUCUGCUUUUAUCAAGGCCACAGAGCUACUGGAAACUCUCUGCAUCAAUCUGUUUCUCCAACCGUGGAAGAAGGAAAUCAAGACACUCAAGUGUUUUACAGGUCCAUUUGUUUACUGUCUUCUGCCAGUUCUCAGCAGUUCUACCAUCCAGUCCGUCCUGGCCUCUAUUGGCUACCUGCCACAUCCUGAGACACCACAGAGUGAGUACAAGCUCAGUGUGGAUGCUAACCCAGACAAAGCCAUGCUGGUGGGUUUUGAGCUACUGCUGGCCAGAGUGGAGUGUCUCCACCUCCUGGAGCUCCUGGAGAAGGAGAAGGAUCACCUGGGACCACAGGAGUGGCUGGAAGUUGUCCAGAGGAGAGCGGGACCUGUGAAGACAGAGGGACACACAGAAAAGAAGACAGUAGAGCAAAUGGAAGAUGAGAAGAAGAAGAAGAAGGAAGAGGCAAAUAAAAGCGAGGUACCUCUGUCUUUCGACACCAGGCCUGCAGUGAACCCCAAGCCCAAGCCUCGAUGCUGCCACCUUUCCAGUGUAGACCAGUCCAUCAUGGAGAUGCAGUUGACCUAUGAUGACCUGGCCAUCAGGGGGCGCCCUGUGCUACAGGACAAACCUCACAGAGCAAACAGCCACAAGAGCAGCAGUAAAUCUGUUCAAUCUGGUGCCAGCACCAAUAAUAACAGUAGUGACAGUAAAGCUGUUCAGCCUCCUGACAGAGACUGCAGUAGGAGUACCAAACAUGCUGCCACAACUCUUAGCAGUAAACCUGAUGGCAGCAAAGUCUGUGAAAUGAUUGGCAAGAAUAGCAGAAGCAGUGGCUGCAAUGAUGAUAGCGGUGGUGGUGGGUUCUCUACUCCAGCAAACAACACUAGCAGCAGCUUCAAGAACAGUGAUGGAAGCAGAGUUGAUGAUUUAGUCAGGAGUCCUCAUGACAUCACUCUGCACAUCACACUGAGAGCUGGGUCUAAUGCAGAGCAGAGCCUGAAGCCUGGAGAGCCUCAGCCCACAGCAGAGCCUCCUGCAUGGACACAGCAGCAGGAUGCAGCAGACUUACAAAAUAAGAGCCCGCCAAAAGCUGAGCAUCCCUCUCUGACCACCACGGACGAGGAGCAGGAGCUGAGAGAGUUGGCAGAGAGGAUGGGUCAGCUCCAUGUCCAGCACACCAAAGAGGAGGCGAAGAAAAAAGAGGACGGCAAGAAAGGAGAGGAAAACCCAAAUAAAGAGAGGAGAAAGAAAGGGAGGAAAACAAGCACAGAAGAAGGAGCAGAGGAGCAGAGUCUCAGGAAGCCAGUGAUGGAGACAAGUCCAGUACAGAGUCAUCCUGCCAGUAGAUGCACCAGAUCCUUUCAGUCUGAUCCCACAGCGAUGAAAGAGCAGAAGCAGCCCAGUGUGUGUCACUCAGCACCACUCAGCAUCAGUACAGCAGACUGUCAGUCAGGAGGAGGAACGAGUAACCAGGAAGGAGAAGUGAGGGAAGGUCAUACAGACAGAGCAGCAACAGGCAGAGCAGAGGAGGAUCAGAGCUUUGUUAUGGUUUAACAUGAUCUCAAGUUUAACCCAACAAGUGGCAGUUAUUCAGAACAAAACUACAGAGCAAGCUCAAAACCAGUACCAUCUGUGAGAUAGAUGUAUAAAAAAGAAAAAAGAGACUUUAUUGCAGAAUUCCAUUUUGUUACAUGUCAUAUUCUGUCUCACUUUAUUUGCUGGCACCUUACUACAGUUGCUCUCACAUAAAGGCUAAAAUACAUAUAAAUACAUAUAAAUACACAUAAAUUACAAC